CGUCUUCACAUCUCCUGACCAACGUCAGGCGUGCGUACAAGAAUUGCGUGUGCAUUUUGUCUGCCCAUGCUUGGAUCGCAAAUGGCUCCGUCAGCGAGGACACAGAAGAUCCUAGAGUGUCUCGUUGCCUCAUGUUCAGCUGUGUAAUUGUCGACACCGAGCGCCCGCCGUCACUGGGAUUAGGGUACUUUUUCGCAUAGCCAUCGAAUAGCCACAAAACCUGGCGCUCAAAUGUAAUGCUGUACUCCUUCAUACUUAAAACCUGUGACCAGCAACCAGUAUCAGUCUUCUAUUUGCCUUCCGUUGUACACUAGAAGCUGACCACGUGGAAGAAUAGCCUGUGCGCUCAGAAUGAAGUUACUAGGUGUGACAGUUGUUCUCGACCGAGAAAUGCACAUCGAGCAGACCAAUCCCAAACGUGAAGUGCUGAAGGAGCUCGACGACAAAGGUACUCGUUAUGCGAUACUAUCACAUCGCUGGGGCGCAGAGGUCAGUUACGAAGAGAUGACCGGGCUGAUGAAGAUGGAGAAAGGUGAGAGGGAAGAGGUCAGGCAGCGCACCGGCUACCGAAAGAUCAUCAAGAGCUGUGAGCAAGCGAGGAUGGAUGGACACGAGUGGCUGUGGAUUGACACUUGCUGCAUCGACAAGCGGAGCAGUUCGGAAUUAUCAGAGGCCAUUAAUUCAAUGUAUCGGUGGUACCAAAACGCACAGGUCUGCUACGCAUACCUCAAUGACGUUGACGAGUUACCACGGUCCACUGGGCCAUAUGACUUCCCCAUGUUUAUCUGCGGGCUCAACGGCCCAGAAUGGUUCACGUGGGGCUGGACACUGCAGGAGCUCAUCGCACCGAGGGAACUCGAAUUCUUCAACAAGGACUGGGCGCCCCUUGGCAACAAACGACAGCUAGCAGCCGUCUUGGAGGACAUUACAGGAGUUCCACAUGAGGUUCUGAGAGACGGCCUAGGUGCAAAGCCUCUCAGUGUCGCACAGAUCAUGUCGUGGGCAGCUCACCGGAAGACAGAGCGUGCGGAAGAUCGUGCGUAUUCGCUGAUGGGGCUGUUUGGAGUGAACAUGCCGAUGCUACAUGGAGAGGGGGAAAAAGCAUUUCAGAGGCUUCAGUUGGAAAUCAUCCGCACAUCCAGCGACCAAAGCAUAUUCGCAUGGAAGCUAUGGAAUCUGCGGACUGGCAAUGUCCUGGCGGACGAUCCGAGCGACUUUCGGGGCUGUGGCAAAAUCGAGAAAAUGGAACCAGAUGAAUUUGUCGACAAACUAAUGGAGUACAUUAAAUGGGAGGAACUCGGGCGCUCCCCGUACAUCCGGCUUGGUUCGCAGAAGAUCUCGACCAACCCAGUACACUGGUGCAAACUUACUUGGUUGAAGAGGUGUGCCAGGGCGGUCAGUCAGCAGCAUCACGUGUCAUUCUCUGUCAGCAACGCGGGUAUCCAAGUGUGCCUGCUGAUCAUCCCCCUUCCCGACUCUCGAAACCAUUUCAGGGCUAUAUUGGCAUGCAGUAGUGGUGGUUUCGCACUGGAAACUAUCGAUUUGGUAUUUUCUGGAUCUGCGCAUUGCAGGACUUCAGUUGCAUCUCCCAUUUCAGAGUCACAUAUUCUCAAGACAUAUCCAGAGUUCAAGGCAAUCUACCUUGCUCAUUACCAAGAGACCAAUCAGACACACCGCGAGUUUACACUCGAUGACAAACAUGUCUCAUACUAUGAUUUCACCCGCUGUGGCACCUACCCGUGCGAGUUUACAGGCAACACUGUCACACUCUCGUUCCUCGCAGAUGAUCUCAUCGUCAUUGUCUAUGUCAAUGACAAUGCCGGAUUUCACUUUGCAGUUGGCCUUGGAUACUACCACGGCCAAGGAUGGGUGCAUGUUGUCUAUGAGGGAUGCUCCCCAACUCAGAAGGACUGGACACUAUUUGCCCGUGAAGCAUAUUGUCAAAUGUGGGGUGCACGCGUGGAACAUGCUCGGAGUAUGCCCAAACAAGAACUUGUUGAUGGAUGCUGCCGCAGUGACCAUUUCAUUAAACAUGCCCAUCUUCCCCGAUCAAUCUGGGCAGCGAGGGUGGUCUGGGGUAGGUGGGAGACAGGCAAUUUCAAGAUUAUGGUUGAUGUCGAGCAAUGUCCUGGUUGCUGUGAUGGGCCACAUGGCUGGGAAACCACAGUUAACCCUUACCAUGACCUUCAGACGCCGGGGCCCAUGCACAAAUGUUCCAAUUCAUUGGCACUGAGACUGGAUGGGUGGCAGGUUGAGCUUGACGAGACUUCCGGUCAACGGAUUGCACUGGGCGAUUAUGGUGACUAUCGCAACGGCACUUUUAUGCGUGUUGGCAAUAUUUUUGAGGAUGCUCGCAUCCUUAGCAUUGACACCACGGGCUCAGCUUAUUGUCCUGUGGUCUCCCAUGUGUCCAGCCCUCAAAUGUCAAUGGAUCAUACGGAGAAUCAGGAUGAUCUUGCUGUGGCGUAUCGCUUCGGGCGCAAACACCUGGCCUUACAUCAACCAAAGGGCUUAUCUCUGGCUGCUAAUGAUCAAUUUGUGCGACUAUUGAAAGCCUUGGCCACUCGUCUUACAGGAAAGCAUUUGGUGAUAACAGUCGUACAAUGCUCGGAAUUCUUUGGAGUCGAUGAUAAUGGAGAGCGAAGGGAUUCAGUGGACGACUUGGUACUGGACAUUAAUAACCACUCUACUGAGGGAGAGAUUUUGACUCCGCUAUGCACCAUUGCAAGCCCACAAGUUUGGCGAAGAGAACUGGCUUGUGUACAGAGAAGGAAACAAUUCAAGAGUAUUCGGUGAGCCUGUGGAACUGCUAUGCAAAGUGGUACUGACGAGGCCGCAUUUCGGAUGGCAGGGAGCACUUCUACGCCCUCGUGAAUACGGUACCUUCCCUUCUCACACUUGGUU